AUGUCUGGUCUACAGCCUCCCCGCGUCAACACGCAAGACGUGAACGGUCAGGACACCGUCUCAGAAUCUUCCGAUGACCACUUCUCCUCCGCCUCAGAAGGCACUCCCAACCCAACCCGCCUCUCCGUCGAGAUCCCCAUUACACGAGUCGAGCGAGUAGACGACAAGGCCGCGCACGGUGAAGUCCCAGGCACACCGGCAUAUGAGCAACGAACGGCAGAUGCAGUCCCAGACGAGGUAGAGAUUGUGCCUGAAGGCAGGAGAUCACGAAGCGCAACAGUGAGUAGGAGUCGUAGCGCAUCACAUCUCAGCCAGAGCAGCAGACCGCAGACGCCAGGUGGCAGCCCGAUCCCCAGGACGAUUGUCGAGAGAGUAGACAACAAACCAGCAUAUGGUGAGGUAGACGGCACAAUCGCAAAAGAGCAGCGCAUGAUGGACGCCGCGCCAGAUGAGGUACGGCAAGCGCCAGCCGUGGCUAUCGAUGGUAGCGGACAAAGUGACAGCAAAUCUCCAGCGAGAGGGACGGAUCUAGAUCAGGACCCUGAAGAACGACAGACGUGGUUCAGAACGAUGUGGGAGAGUGGACUACAAGGAGACAAUGCAGCCCAACCAGAACCACAAGCGGACGACGAAGAGGCAGCUGACGAUGCGGAUGACGACGAUGACUUCGGCGACGACUUUGACGAGUUCGCUGAAGGCGGAGGAGAUGAUGACUUUGGCGACUUUGACGAAGCAGAAGAGGUCAUGACACCCAAACCUCCCGCGCCGUCUGCGGCAGAACCACAACAUAUAACGCCAAUCGCAAGCAUAUUGGCAGGUCUUCCGCCCUUAGAUCUGAAAAUCGACCUUUCAGAAACGGACCUCCAAGACACAAUCUCCCCAUACCUAGACACCAUAUUCCCGGACUCAGCGCCACCUCCGUCUUCCCUCCCAUCUCUGGACAUGUCCAACUCCUCACCCUUCCUCUCCGACCGCUCCCUCUCGCUCUGGCAACAACUCGUCUCCCCACCUCCCAUGCAACCACCCAACUGGACGCGAAGCAGAAUCCGCCGCCUCUUCCUCGUAUCCCUCGGCGUGCCCGUCGACUUGGACGAGAUCCUCCCACCAUCAAAACAAAAACGCCUCAUCCUCCCAAACAUCAGCCUCACCUCCCCACGAGCCUCCAACGCAGCGCUGGACCACCUCAAGCAAUCCGACGUCAACGACUCCUCGACAUCAAUAGACAGCAAGACCGGCGCAUCCAAACGAGCCAAGAAGCGGGAGACAUUACGAGGUCCCCCUCCCGAACCAGACUUCGACGCGAAUAGAGCGAUGCUCAUCUGCAAUACUACCGACGAGGUGAUGAAGGGGAUGGAGGAUGCGGAGUUGCGGGAUCAUGUGUUCACGUUGGAGAUUUUGAAUGGAGAGGCGAGUAAAGUGCUGGAGUAUUGGUUGUUGAGGAAGGACGAGGCACUCAAGGAGAAGGAGGCGUUGGAGGGGGUGAUUGAGAAUCUGGUGGGCUUUGUGAAGAGUCGAGCGACGGGCAAGGGGAAGAAGUGA